AUGGCCGCUGCAACGGCGUUUUCAACAUCCACCUCAUUCCUCCGCGCCUCCCAGUCGCAACAACAGCCCACCUACUCCUACUCCGGCAGUCACUUGACGCAGCUCCCCAGCGUGGACAUCCCAUUCGAGGACCUGCGAAAGCGCAUGAACGAGUUCACGGUGCGAUUCGACGCGUUUCUCGAAAAAGGCCGCAGGCGCGUUCUCGAAGAGCACAAUGAAUUCAAAGCGAAGCUGUCCGAACUACACGAGGACAAUAAAUCCACCGCCACCUCCAUCGCGACCCUGCAGUCUACACUCGCGACGCAGUCGCACGUCCACUCUCGCGAACUGGCCGAGAAGGAGGAAAUGAACGCGCAGAUCACGAAACUCGAAACCCGCCAUUCCUCGCAGCAGCAACAACGCGACCGCCUUAGAGCCGCCCUCGCAGCUACGCAGCGCCAGAUCGACGCCAAGCUGGCCGCGCAGCGCGCGUAUGCGGAAAAGCAGGACGGACAAUCGGCGCUCAACGCGCCGGAGCUACAGUUCUGGGAGACGUAUCUGGGGAUGCGGUUCGAAGGGGCGGGCGACGAGAGCCGCGUGAAAGUCAUCUACUCGUUUCCUGCCGGGAAGGGCACGAAAGGGGAAGGAGAGGGCGGCGAGAGGGAAGCGGUGUUUGAGUUGAAGGUGCCGGAGACGGGCACGGCCGGGUACGAGGUCGUGUACAUGAAGCCGCGGCUGGAGAGGGAGAAAGUCGAGAAGGUCGUGGACAAGCUGAACGAGACGAGGGAGAUCGGAGUGCUAUUGAAGGGAAUGAGAGGUCUGUUCGCCGAGGAGAUGAAAUGA